CAGUCCGUCCGUGCGUGUGACGGGAUCGCGCUACCAACGAACUAAUAUUAUUUAGUUUACAUUAAUUUAUAACACAGACACAAUGAGGGAAAUAGUGCACCUGCAAGCCGGACAAUGCGGAAACCAGAUCGGAGCUAAAUUCUGGGAGAUCAUAUCGGAGGAGCACGGCAUCGACCCCACCGGCGUGUACCGCGGCACCAGCGACCUCCAGCUCGAGCGCAUCUCCGUCUAUUACAAUGAGGCCUCUGUUGCGACGGCGGAGAACGGGGGCAAGUACGUCCCCCGCGCCAUCCUGCUCGACCUCGAGCCCGGCACCAUGGACGCCGUGCGCUCCGGCGCGUACGGCCAGCUCUUCAGGCCCGACAACUUCGUGUUCGGCCAGUCCGGCGCCGGCAACAACUGGGCCAAGGGACACUACACCGAGGGCGCGGAACUCGUCGACGCAGUGCUCGAUGUAGUCCGCAAGGAAUGCGAGAACUGCGACUGCCUGCAGGGCUUCCAGCUCACACACUCGCUCGGCGGCGGCACCGGCUCCGGCAUGGGCACGCUGCUCAUCUCCAAGAUCCGCGAGGAGUAUCCCGACAGGAUCAUGAACACAUACUCCGUCGUGCCCUCGCCUAAAGUGUCCGACACAGUCGUGGAACCCUACAACGCAGUGCUCUCUAUUCAUCAACUAGUCGAAAACACAGAUGAAACCUACUGUAUAGACAACGAAGCUCUCUACGACAUUUGCUACAGAACCCUCAAAGUACCAAAUCCCACGUACGGCGACCUCAACCACCUGGUGUCGCUCACCAUGUCGGGCGUGACCACCUGCCUGAGGUUCCCCGGUCAGCUGAAUGCGGAUCUCCGCAAGCUGGCCGUCAACAUGGUGCCGUUCCCCCGUCUCCACUUCUUCAUGCCCGGCUUCGCCCCGCUGACCUCUCGCGGCAGCCAGCAGUACCGCGCGCUGACCGUGCCCGAGCUCACGCAGCAGAUGUUCGACGCCAAGAACAUGAUGGCGGCGUGCGACCCGCGCCACGGCCGCUACCUCACCGUGGCCGCCAUCUUCCGUGGACGCAUGUCCAUGAAGGAGGUCGACGAGCAGAUGCUCUCUAUUCAGAACAAGAACAGCAGCUUCUUCGUAGAAUGGAUCCCCAACAACGUGAAGACUGCCGUGUGCGACAUUCCCCCUAAGGGCUUGAAGAUGUCCUCUACAUUUAUCGGUAACACGACAGCCAUCCAGGAGCUGUUCAAGAGAAUAUCAGAGCAGUUCACCGCUAUGUUCAGGCGCAAGGCCUUCUUACAUUGGUACACCGGCGAGGGCAUGGACGAGAUGGAGUUCAAUGAAGCGGAGAGUAACGUAAAUGACCUGGUGUCGGAGUACCAGCAGUACCAGGAGGCCACCGCCGAAGACGACACGGAGUUCGACCAGGAGGACAUGGAGGAGCUGCAGCAGGACGAGCACCACGACUAGACGCGCCGGUGCGAGGCUACCACCACACAGAAACCGAGCGAUAUUUUUGCAAUUUGGAUUAAGUAAAAGCUAUUUUAUUUUCUGUGUCGUGGUAGGAGCUGUAAGAUGUUUACGUAAGGGCCCAAUCCUAUCCCCUCUGGACCAAUUUUGUACCACUUUUUAUAUAUUUCCAAAACGUAGUAGAGGCUAAGUCGCGUGCAUUUAUUACCAAAGCGUCCGCUGGACCGACGAACUCCCGAACUCUUGACCGACACCGGCGCGUCAAACCAGAUUGACGCGUCGAGUGCGCAAUGAAUUUUAUUAUAAUUGAAUAGUAUUAUCGAAGUCUGUUUUAAUUGAAUACUAAUUAGAAUAAGUGAAAACUUUAUAAGAAACGUACCAACUUGUGCAUUUCUUAGCUUAAGUUAUUGUCUUGUAUGCUUUUUAUUAUAUUAAUUUAUAAUAAAUGUUUUAAAUUUUA